AUGCUAUUCUAUCUAUCUAUCUAUCUAUCUAUCUAUCUAUCUAUCUAUCUAUCUAUCUAUCUAUCUAUACUCCGAAUCUGGAAUGAUGACUUUGACUCUCUACGGCCACUUUGCUACCCCAACACGGACGUCUUCCUCAUUUGCUUUAGUGUUGUUUCCCCGUCAUCCUUCCAUAAUAUUCUGGAUAAAUGGCUCCCUGAAAUCCGACAGCAUUCACCCAAAGCUCCGAUUAUUCUAAUUGGAACGCAGUGUGAUCUUCGAAACGACGUGAAAAUAUUGAUUGAGCUUGCGCGUUACAAAGAAGUUCCUGUUCCAGAGGAGGAGGCUCGGCGACUUGCCUGUCAAAUGGGGGUUCAUUCAUACAUCGAGUGCUCGGCACUCACACAAAAGAACCUGAAGGAAGUCUUUGAUAGUGCCAUCAUUGCUGCCUUGGACUUGGGGAAGUCCACUCUUCCAACUCUCUCUUCAAGCAGUAAAUCGAAAUUGAAAAAGAACACUUCACAUAUUCCACCCCAUAAAUGCAAGAAAGGAUGGAAAAAAUAUUGUUGCUUUCUUUAA